GAGCGGAGCGGAGCCCGCUCGGGACGCGCUCCCCUGGCGGCGGCGCGGACGGGGGCGGCCGGUGCUGCCACAGCGGCGGCCCCAUGUUUUCCCCCGGCCAGGAAGAGCUGUGCGCGCUGAACAAGGAACCCAUCAAGUACGGGGAGCUGGUGGUGCUGGGGUACAAUGGAUCCCUUCCAAAUGGUGACAAGGGGCGCAGGAAAAGCAGAUUUGCCCUUUAUAAACGAUCUAAAGCAAGUGGAGUUAAACCCAGCACUGUCCAUGUCAUCUCUACUCCUCAGACAUCAAAGUGGAAGAUGGAUUUUAAGAGUGAAGACCCCAACCUUCUGCGUGGGGAAUUUGUCUCUGAGAUUGAAGACAAGGCAAUCAGCUCAAAAGGCCACCACAGUGUCUCUUACACAUUAUCCAGAACCCAGACAGUCAUAGUGGAAUAUAUUCAUGACAGAGAAACAGACAUGUUUCAGGUUGGGAGAUCUACAGAAAGUCCCAUAGACUUUGUAGUAACAGACACUAUUUCAGGAAAUCAAAAUACUGAUGAAACCCAGAUUACCCAGAGCACCAUCUCCCGAUUUGCCUGCAGGAUUGUUUGUGACAGGAUCCCACCAUACACAGCAAGGAUCUUUGCAGCUGGCUUUGACUCAUCUAAAAAUAUAUUUCUUGGUGAAAAAGCAGCCAAAUGGAAAAACCCUGAUGGCCACAUGGAUGGAUUGACAACCAACGGGGUGCUGGUGAUGCACCCCAAGGGUGGCUUCACGGAGGAGUCCAAGCCCGGGGUGUGGCGGGAGAUCUCGGUCUGUGGGAACGUCUACACGCUCCGGGAGACCAGGUCUGCCCAGCACAGGGGCAAACUGGUAGAAAACGAGACCAACAUCCUUCAGGACGGCUCCCUGAUCGACCUGUGCGGGGCCACGCUGCUGUGGCGGACGGCGGACGGGCUGCUGCACACCCCGACGCAGAAACACAUCGAGGCGCUGCGGCAGGAGAUCAACGCCGCCCGGCCCCAGUGCCCCGUGGGCUUCAACACCUUGGCCUUCCCCAGCAUGGAGCGCAAGGAUGUGGUGAAGAAGAAGGACGUGGAGGACAAGCAGCCGUGGGUCUACCUCAGCUGCGGCCACGUGCACGGCUACCACAACUGGGGCCACCGCAGCGACGCGGAAAGCAACGAGCGCGAGUGCCCCAUGUGCAGAACCGUUGGGCCCUACGUGCCUCUGUGGCUGGGCUGCGAGGCCGGCUUUUACGUGGACGCCGGGCCCCCCACGCACGCUUUCACCCCCUGUGGGCACGUGUGCUCCGAGAAAACUGCCAAAUAUUGGUCCCAGAUCCCGCUGCCCCACGGGACGCACGCCUUCCACGCCGCCUGCCCCUUCUGCGCCACGCAGCUCUCCGGGGAGAACAACUGCGUCAAGCUCAUCUUUCAGGGCCCCAUCGACUGAGAGAGCGCACGGCAGUGACCACAAUAAAAGUUUUUUUCUUGAACGGUUUACUGUGAAGAUUUUUGCCACUAAUUCGAGAUUUUAGCUUUUUUUAUAAUGUUGUUCGUAGGGGUGGGUAGGGUGGGGAUGGGGGAAGCGAUGAGAGGAUGGAGGGACGGUGGUGGAAUUGGGAUACAUUGAUACCUGGAACUUGACAGAUAUCAGUGGUGUUGCAUGCUCGAAAGCAGCAUAUUCAUGGAGUCUUCUUGGUCAAAUUGUAGUAUAUUUGUAAUCUUUUUAUUAGUACCCUGGAUCAGAAAAAGGUGUCUUAAAUGAUUUUUUUAAGCUAAGAUUUUUUAAUGGAAAGGUUUUUUCUUCUAAACUUUGACAAGCCUUUAAAACCUAUUUUUCAAAUCUAGAAGGAACAUACAGAAUGUAACCGUCUUUAAUUUGCAAUAUAAUUUAACUUGAAUAGUUUCUCAAGGAGCAAAUACAGAAUGUGUGGACAACCCAUAGGUGAAUGUUCACUAGAGAUAAUUGGAUAUGUAAGAUAAAAAUUAGCUGCCUAAAGUGUAGAGGAUAAAAGUAUUAAAAUAUCUAUUAUGGUAUAACACAGCUGGCCAAAAAGGCAUCAAAGAUUACUUGAAACUGAGGAAAUCCUGUUUGCAUUGAUUUCCUUUCAGUGCAGUAGAUAUCCACUGGCUAUUAGGUAUGGGAGAUGGCUGAUUAUUUUCUGUUGGUGUUUUGUUUUUUUUCCAUUUAACCCGCAUCUGGUGAAACCACUUUUUUCCAUACUUAGCUCUGGGGUUUAAGCUGAUGUUUUGUGUGUGUGUAGCCUGGCCUUUUCAUUUCUGCUUUGCUUGCCCUCAGUGCUCCUUACCCAGGGCUUCUGGGUGAGUGGAGUUCACAGAUUCCCAAAAUGAUUUAGGUUGGAAGGGACCUUAAAUUUCAUCAGUUCCACUCCCUGCCAUAGCAGGGACACCUUCCACUGUCCCAAGCUGUUCCAGCCUGGCCUUGGGCACUUCCAGGGAUCCAGGGGCAGCCACAGCUGCUCUGGGCACCCUGAUGGAGCCAGAGGCAUGUCCAGGCUUCCCUGCAGUGAUGAAGGGAUGGUUUAGGUACAGCUGGUACAGAAUUUAUUUACAUAAACCUGAAUUCAGGAAAGCACUUAGUCUGUCUUUAAAUCCAAGCCCACGCCUGGGACUGUUUAGAUUCUCAAGAGCUUCAGUGCAUUGCAGUUAUUUGCUGUUAUGUUUAGGAAAAAAAAGGCAUUUUGAAAUAAAUUAUUUUUUAAGCUCACUUUAAAGCAUUUUCACUAGAAGGGAGAGCAUAAUUUCCAGUUCAGCUGAGCAUUUUUGUUCACUUUUCAACUUGCUGCCAUCUGUCACCUUUCUUUUUGCAGAUUGAGUUGUGUUUGUAUCUCUUUUUUCCCCCCAAAUGUUUGCAAAUCAAACAACAUUCAAAUGUAAUCAAAUAUAUGCACCAGGGUGGUACAUCUGAAGUGGAUCACUUGAAAUUCGUGACUUUUUAAGAGAGCUGAUAAAUGUUUACUAUGGAAAUAAUUAAAUCAGAAUUUCAUAUGAGGUGUACCCUGCCCACUGUUAGGCUCAUUUUGUGCAGAAUGAUAACUCUUUGAUUUGUGGUUUGUUUUUUUUUUUUUCUUUAUGCUUUCUGUACUCUUGGUAUCUGAGGUAUCAAUCUAUCCAGGUUAAAAAAAAAAAAAAUUGGGAGAAAUCUAUAACAUCUCUAGAUGAAAUUGAUCAUUCAAGCUCAGUUCUGUUUAAUCAACUAUAGCUUUUUGCUAUAUUUGUGCCCUUUGUAUAAAUAUAUAAUUUAUAUGAUUUUAAUAUAUUCUGUAUAUAUAUAUACUUGAAUUGGCCUGUUCAUAUUUUGGUUGUAAAAUUGUUUUAUAGUUAACCUUAUAAACAUUUUACAUGUCCCUUGC